ACAUCUGCAGAGCAAUUGAGUUGCUGGAGAAAUUGCAGAGAAGUGGAGAAGUGCCACCACAAAAGCUACAGGCCUUGCAAAGAGUCCUUCAAAGUGAAUUCUGUAAUGCUGUAAGGGAGGUGUAUGAACAUGUAUAUGAAACUGUGGAUAUCAGCAGUAGCCCAGAAGUCAGAGCUAAUGCAACAGCAAAGGCCACUGUAGCUGCAUUUGCUGCUAGUGAAGGUCACUCCCAUCCCAGAGUGGUUGAACUACCCAAAACUGAAGAAGGUCUCGGAUUCAACAUUAUGGGAGGCAAAGAACAAAAUUCUCCAAUCUAUAUCUCUCGAAUUAUCCCUGGCGGUAUAGCUGAUAGACAUGGAGGCCUGAAACGCGGAGACCAGCUGCUUUCUGUAAACGGAGUGAGUGUCGAAGGUGAACACCAUGAAAAAGCAGUAGAACUGCUGAAGGCAGCUCAAGGAAAGGUUAAAUUAGUUGUGCGAUACACACCAAAGGUCCUGGAAGAAAUGGAGUCAAGAUUUGAAAAAAUGAGAUCGGCAAAACGCAGGCAGCAAAAUUAACAUUGUAUGCAAUAACUUAAAGAGAAAAUAUAUUCCAUUUACAUUUUGUA